AUCCCUGCAACAAUGUACUAUCUCCCUGCGCACCGUUUGCAUGGCUGAGGAUGCAUCAGAGUAUCUUGUUGUCGAGACUGACUCCGUUUCCGCCUUUCCUCUUUACUUACUUCAACCGCAAAACGGAAAUUCUGUCCUUCUUGCUGCUGUGUGUUGCUAAAAUGCCGUUCAUACCACCAGUAUCAAUUGCACGGUCUGUGUCAGGACUAAAUGGAAAGGAGAGAGCCAUCAACAACUCUUCAUUGGCAAUCAACUUGACAAAGGCUAAAGUUCCAAGAGAAGACAUAGCUGCUUCAGUCAAGGAAAGACUGACUUUAAACUUGAAGCACCUGGGGAAGAAGAGUCAAGCCACGAGUCAUCUAUCAACAGUCAAAGGCAUGUCAACAGCAGAGCUGCAUGCAAAGAGAAAGGACCACCAACCCUCAUCACCAGCUGCCAGUACCCCGACCUCCAGCUCGGGAGAGUCUCUGUGUAAGAGACAGCAGCAGAAACAUGCGAGCCGUAGCUCUGCAAAGAGUGAACCGAUUGUGAAGACAAAGCCCAGGGAUCAAGAGGAGGCCAGUUUCACACUGACACUCACACCUGAGGCUGUUCUGUUGUUGCAGAGGAGGAACAGCGAGAGACGUCAGCGUUCAGCUGCCAGAAAUGCUGCAAGUGGAGCCAGCGCUUCUGGAAGUGCAACAGAUUCUAGAUGCAGGAGGGACAAUGUGUCCAAAAGGCAUCAAUCGGCAAGUCAAAGAAAUGGCACUUUAAACAGCAGAGUCAGUGCUAGAAACAAUGCUGAUUUUGAACUGAAAGACAUAAGCUCUAUUGUAAAAAUCUCCCUUUUGAAUGAGAAACAUAAGUAUGACGAUGUGGAGUAUGAAGACGAGGACGACUAUGGCGUGGAUGAGCGUGUGGUGAUGAAAUGCACAGAGUGGCUCCGUGGCUUAGAGAGCGCUCCAGUGUCAGUGGGGAACAGCCAAGCCGUAUGAAAAAUUAUUAAAGGUGAAUUUACACUAAUGCUCUUUCAAAAUAACAAUGAGGAAUAGUACUGACAAGUUUUUGUGUUAUGUGUUAUUUUGAGCGAAACAUCCAUUCUUACAAUUACUUUUUUUAAACUUUCCUCAAAAUAAAUUAUAUACGUAAGAAAUUCUAGAUUGUCCUUAAAAACAAAGUAACAAAUUAUCAGUGACGUCUUACCCUCUAAUGGUGCUUGUCUUUAACUUGAACUUUAAAGAAAUAGUAUAUUAGUUGAAAUUGGCUGCUACCGCUAUGGGACAAUGGACAAGUAUCUGUUAAUUUUCUGAUGCAUUCAGCCCUCAACAAAAAAAGUCCACCUUUCCUCUUUGUAUAUGUCUGUAAUUGUGUCAAAUAUUGAGAGAACAUUUAAGCAGAUAUGUUUACUCUAAAAUGUUACAAUAGAGUAAAAUAAAAUAUAGACAAGUAAUCUGUUUUACAUAUUCUACUUUUAAUUAAUAAUCCACACAAAUGAAAUUACUUUCUUAUUCCUUUUGUAUUUACAAAGACUUCUUCUUUUUUUAAAUAUGGGUAUUUGAAACAGUCUAACAUAUUAUACAUACGUAUGUAUAAUUAAGUACAAGAUAUUGAGAUGUUGAAAAUGUUUGCAUGUCAUGUUAUAUUAAAAGCCAUUACAGGUCCACAGCAGAUUUUGUUUUUAAUCUAUGACAUUGAAUGUUCAAAGAAAUUGUACAUAAUAUCAGAGUAGAUCGUACGUUCCAUAAUGUUAAA